AUGUUACCAGAGUUUUCCAUUUAAGCUGUUAAAUUGUAAGCUAAUACAAGACAACCAAAACCUGUGAAAGUAAUUAAUAUAAUUGAUAAACUAGUAUGUUCCACCAAAGGCAAAAAGUCCUGCAUAAAAAAGAAGCUGUAUUUAUUAUUAAUUAUAAUUAGCAUCUUAACAAAAGACUGUAACAAAAGCUAAAACAUCCACAGAAAGACUUACUAGAAAAGGUUCAGAAGAUUUCUAAGAAACUUAAUAAUAACAGGUAAUUAGUAUAGAAGCACCAUAAUAAUAAAAAGUUAUUAUGAAUAUGGAUGAAAGAUAUCAAUAUUAUGAAAAUGAAGCAAAAAAGCGAUAAAAUGUCAUAGAUGUUUGUGAUGGAGUAUAAUUUUAUAAACCAGUUAAACCAGAUGAGAUGCCUAAACCUCCAAAACCAAAAAAGUAAACAUCAAAAAUAGAAAAUGUUAAGCAAGUUUCGCGAACAGAGAAAUCAGAAAAAUAAUCUGUUUCUUCUGAUUUAUAACACUCUCUACAUUAAUCAAAAUCGCUUUAUAAUUAAACAACCUCAAGAGAGUAACAAAAAUCUAAUUCUACAUUAUUGGAGGAUUAUCAGACAUAAUAAAUUUCUGUUGAUCCUAAUUUUUUAGUUUAAGGAGAAGUAGAUGGUUACUAAAUAGAUGAAAGUUAAUCAUAAAUGUUUGGUUUUGGAUUAAAUGAUUAUAUAAAAAAUAAUGUAAGUAUUUUCACUUAAUCAAUAGAACCAUAAAAAGGAACUUGGAGAAAAAGAUGUUGCAGAAGAAGUUAAACCUUAAUCAGAAUCAGUAUAUACGUAUUAUGAUUAUUAUCCUCCUAAUGCUAAUGGUGAAAUACCAAAACCUUUAUUAGAGAGUGUUAAUUAUAUGAAUUAUUUAAAAGAAUAAUAAGCUUUAUAAGCCUAAUAAGCAUUAGAAGGAUAAUAAUCAUAAUAAUAAUAAUAAUAAUAAUAAAGUAAAAAUAAGUGA